AUGAAGCUUCAAGAAAUCAUCAGGUCGCCGCCAGACAAGAGCAUCGAGAUCUACAUCAGACAAGGUCAUCCGGAGAACUACAGAGACAUCUUGAAGGAGGUCAAAUAUAAGGAAAUUUUCAGCGUCAUCGUCGACACUCUGCCGGAAAACAUGCAUUUGUUCCUGAGAUGCCUUCUACAGUUACAGAUGAAUGACUAUAGAUAUCAUUAUCUCUUCACAACCUUCGACAUUGAGACCUUUGACCUCGAGGAUUUCAAGUACAACUUCGUCAACAUGACUGCGUUUAGAGUCGUCGACACGAGCAAUAUUCAAGUGAGAAGAACCCUUAGAGACAUGGAGAAGUUUCAGCCUAUCGGUCAUUCCAUCUUGAACAAGUCGACUAUUAUUAAGGCGGAACCAGCCCUGAUCUACGACAGCGUGAACGUGUUCGCCAAAGGCCUGCACGCCCUGGAGAGAUCGGCGACCCUCAGCAUCGCCAACCUUUCGUGCGAGUCGGAGAACCCUUGGUCCGAUGGCUCCUCGCUCUUCAACUACAUCAAUGCGCGACAGCCUCACAGACAGCAGAGGGAACCCAACCACCGCCCCAAACAGCAACAAAAGACACUGUCCAAGUCCUUCUAG